AUGGACUACUAUCUCGAAGCCAUGGCAGAUAAAAGAAAGGAACAAUCUUCGCUUCAAAACACUGGACAAUUAAUUAAGAAACAAAAAUCGGAGCAGCCAAGUAAUGCCCUGGUUACAAGUUCAGGUUCCAGUGGGAGCGUGAUACAAACAAUUAAACGAACAUCCGGACUUCAAGCACCCAUAAUGCUUCUUAAUGGACAUCAGGGAGAGAUAUUCACCGUCAGGUUUAAUCCUUCAGGACAGCACAUUGCCUCUGGAUCAUUUGAUAGAAACAUAUUACUAUGGAAUACAUAUGGUGAUUGCCUCAAUUAUGGUCUUUUGAAGGGUCAUAAUGGUCCCAUCAUGGAAUUACAAUGGUCACGAGAUUCUAGUAAGAUUUUUUCAUGUUCCACAGACAAAACUGUUGGAGUGUGGGAUGUAACUACUGGCACAAGGAUAAAAAAAUUUAAGGGACAUACAGCAUUUGUCAAUAGUGUGUGUGCUGCGCGUCGAGGAAACGAAAUUCUAGUUAGUGGUAGUGACGACGGAACAAUUAAGAUAUGGGAUUUGCGUCAGAAAGAUGCUGUAGAUACAUUUAGUAAUCAGUACCAGAUUACAGCGACAUGUUUCAGUGAAGCCGGGGAUAUGAUCUUUGCGGGUUGUCUUGAUAAUGAUAUUUCGGCAUGGGACUUGAGGAAAAAGGAUGUCUCUUACAUUCUCAAAGGACAUCAAGAUAUUAUCUCGGGCAUCAAAUUGAGCCCAGAUGGAUCUUAUCUGUUGUCAAAUGCUAUGGAUGACACUGUACGAAUUUGGGAUGUCAAACCAUUCUCACCUGGAAACCGCUUGGUCAAAAUAUUUGAAGGUGCACCGCAUGGAUUUGAGAAAAAUCUCAUCAAGCCGGCAUGGUCAGCUGACGGAUCACAAAUAGCAACAGGAAGUAGCGAUCGGACAGUAGUUAUUUGGGAUGUGGACACUCGUAUGAUUCUCUAUAAAUUGCCAGGACACAAAGGGUCUGUCAACGAAGUUGAUUUUCAUCCGAAAGAGCCUAUCA